AUGACUUCCAGACUGGAUCGCUUAGUCACAUUGCUGGAGACGGGCAGCACGCCUCUUAUCCGUAACACGGCCGCCCAGCAACUGGCUGAUGUUCAAAAGCAGCACCCUGAUGAGCUCUUCAACCUACUGGGUCGCAUUCUACCGUAUCUCAGAUCCAAAUCGUGGGAUACCCGCACGGCCGCGGCCAAGGCUAUCGGUCUCAUCGUCACCAAUGCAGAUGUCUUUGACCCGAACGAGGACGACGGUCUGCAGAUCAAAAAGGCCGAAGACGAUGAUGACGAUUUGGAUGUCGAUAUCAAGGCCGAGGAAGAGCAACUCUCAUCCGCGGAAGAGCCGUUGCUCCAGCUUGACCGCCUCGAUCUGAUCUCCAUCCUCAGAUUCGGCAAGCGGCUGCUGGGGAGUGCCGGCAAAGAAUACGAAUAUUCGCUGGCCGCCCUAGAUCCGGCCUCCCGGUUACAGCAUCAGAAGAAAACACUAAUCUCCAGACUGGGUCUCGCAGGGGAAUACAUCGAAGAAGAAUUGAUCGACGACAAUGACCUGGUUCAUAAGCCGGCGUCUGGGACGAAAGAGGUUCCUUCGCCCAUUUCGCGUGAAAACAGCAACAGUAACAGUAACAACCACCACGGCAUGAACUAUCCUGCGGUAGCGUCGCCCGGUGAGGCUGCCAACGGUGAGGAGGCGGGUCUGAGCAAGCGGCAAUUGAACCAGCUGAAACGAAAAAACAAACAGAGUGCGAAACUGGGUGCCAACAAAGUACGUUUGGUAGACAUCUCCGCGCGACGGCCAUCCGAGAACGUUACUACACCAUCGACAACGACGCCCCACCCGAUCAAGGCCGAGAAUGGGGAGGAGCGGAAUGGCGACUCGAAACCCGAUUAUUUCUCGCUCGAUCGAUCCAGCGCCGAUGAUGACUCAAAAAUUGUCACGGAAUUCAAGGGGGAGACUACACCCGCAAAGCCCAUUAUCCAGCCGGAGCUUGUCGACGAGGGUCCUAGUCCGAUGUGGCCCUUUGAUCCCAUGUGUGAUUUCCUGAUGAUCGACAUCUUCGAUCCGAACUGGGAAGUUCGUCACGGGGCGGCGAUGGCUCUUCGUGAAGUCAUUAGGGUGCAAGGUGCCGGUGCCGGUCGGGUUCGAGGGAAGACGCGAGCCGAGAAUGAUACCCUCAAUCGCAAAUGGUUGGAUGAUUUGGCAUGCCGUCUUCUCUGCGUUCUCAUGCUCGAUCGCUUUGGAGACUAUAUCUCCGAUAAUGUUGUUGCUCCAAUUCGCGAGACUGUUGGUCAAACGUUGGGUGCCCUUCUGUCCCAGCUCAGCACGCGCACAGUGAUUUCCGUCUACAAGUGUCUCUACCGGAUCAUCAUGCAAAAGGACCUGGACCUGGACCGUCCCAUUUGGGAAGUUUGCCAUGGUGGCAUGAUCGGUCUUCGCUAUCUUGUAGCGGUGCGAAAAGACCUGCUCGUGAAAGAUGCUAAACUUAUGGAUGGUGUCUUGGAGGCGGUUAUGAAAGGCUUGGGAGACUAUGACGACGAUGUCCGUGCCGUGAGUGCUGCCACGUUGGUCCCCAUUGCGGAAGAAUUCGUCACCUCUCGACAGGGCACGCUGGGUCCUCUUAUGACCAUCGUAUGGGACUGUCUCUCCAAUCUGCAGGACGAUUUGAGUGCCAGUACAGGGUCGGUGAUGGAUCUGCUAGCCAAACUCUGUACGUUCCGCGAAGUGCUCGAAGCGAUGAAAACAAACGCAGCCGUCGAUCCCGAGUCCUCAUUUGGCAACCUCGUCCCUCGCCUCUACCCCUUCUUGCGACACACGAUUACCAGUGUACGUUCUGCAGUGCUCCGAGCCCUGAUGACAUUCUUGAAACUCGAGGGCGAGGGUACCAACGAAUGGGUCAAUGGCAAAGCGCUCCGUCUCAUCUUUCAGAACUUGUUGGUGGAGCGGAACGAAGGGGUCCUGAAGCUGUCUCUCCAGGUGUGGUCGGAGUUACUGAAGGCCCUGGAAACUCGUGGAUUAUUCAAUUUGGAGGCCGAACUGUUGAACAAUGUCCAGCCCCUCAUCACAUUGACUUUGGCACCUUUCGGUGUACCCCGUUAUCCUAUCCCCAUGAACGCCUCCCUUUUCAUCAAACCGUCCGGCUUGCCGUUCCCAACCAGCGCUGCUGCUCCUGCGAGAUCCUCUCCAAGCUCAAAUAACACUGGACCUGACGGGGCCAAGAAACGCGGGCGCAAGGUCGAAAAGAAGGAAAUUCCACCACCUCCCUCGGCUCACAACGUUGAUGGGCACAUGCUCCAGGGUGACAUUGACCUUGUCGGCGCGGAUACGAUGUUACGAUCUAAGAUCCACGCCUCCAAAGCCCUUGGAGAAUUCCUCCAUUUCUGGGACAAACAUGGACUUUCAAAUCUCUGGCCCUCUAUUAUUGAAUGCCUCAACCACUCCGCAUCGACUUCGCAACUCUCAUCUGCCAUGGUUAUCGAAGAAUAUGCCAGGUUCGCCGGUCCCGGCGCUAAGUACACAGCUCAAUUGUGUGAGAGGCUGCGCCCCAUUGUGGAAGGAGACCGUCCACUGUGGUAUAGCGAUAUUGCAUGCUAUCUCCAUGUCGCCCGUGCACAGUGUCAUUCAUUGCUGAAUGCCUUCCGGGACCAUGGGCAUGUCGCCGGAUCAAGAUUGCCUGUCUUAGCCGUUAUCGUUCAAGGGGACCCCGAGGCUGGCCCGAGUGCGUUCUCUCUGUCCGAUGCCGAAAAGGUGAUCGGGCAAGACUUCGACCGGCUAAAUAAGACCAUGACGCCCAUGCACCGGAUGACUGCCACCCAGGUACUGACCGAUACACGCUCAACGGCAGAUAAUGCAAUCUCCGAGGCACGAAACGUCCGUGAGCAGCGAGACAUGCGUGUCCGAGCCGCGGCAGCCGGAGCCUUGGUUGCUUUGCAUGAUAUUCCCAAGAAGCCCACCCAUCUCAUCAAGGGAAUCAUGGACAAUAUCAAGAAGGAAGAAAACGCCGAGCUUCAGCAACGCUCUGCAACCGCGGUUGUUACACUAGUGGAGUACUACACGAAUGCCGCCAAGAGAGGCCCCGUCGACAAAGUCAUUGGAAACUUGGUCAAGUACUGCUGUGUGGACACGUCGGAGACCCCCGAGUUUCACCACAAUGCCAGCCUCGACAAAUCGAUCCUAUCACUUCGUAAGGAGGAAGAUCGGCGCGAUCAUCCGGAUGCGGCGAAAUUCGAGAAGGAGGCAAAGGAUGCGAGAAUCAUGCGUCGUGGUGCCAAGGAUGCCCUCGAGCAACUCGCCGUCAAGUUCGGCGCAGGCCUUAUGGAGAAAGUACCCAAUCUUGCGGCUCUGAUCGAACGUCCGCUCAAAGAAGCGCUCUCUGGCGACCUCCCCGCCGACAUUCUUGAUAUUGGUAAUGAUCUGGGCCAGGAAGCUGUGGACGGAUUGUCAACGCUUCGUGCCAUUCUUCCCAAGUUCGACCCUGGUCUCUACCCCUGGGUGGUUGGUCUCAUGCCAAUCGUCGUCAAGGCCCUACAAUGCGAGCUCUCCGUCAUUCGUUACGCGGCUGCCAAAUGUUUCGCCACGAUAUGCAGCGUCAUUACGGUGGAAGGCAUGACCAUGCUGGUCGAGAAUGUACUACCUACUAUCAACAAUGCCUUGGAUGUUCAUCACCGCCAGGGAGCCGUUGAGUGUAUCUAUCAUCUCAUCCAUGUUAUGGAAGACGGCAUCCUACCUUACGUCAUCUUCCUCGUCGUGCCUGUCUUGGGACGAAUGAGCGACUCUGAUAACGAUGUGAGACUUCUGGCAACGACGUCUUUCGCGACAUUAGUCAAACUUGUCCCACUGGAGGCCGGCAUUCCAGACCCCCCUGGUCUCUCGGAGGAGCUGCUCAAGGGUCGUGAACGAGAGAGGAAGUUCAUGUCACAGAUGCUAGACGUGCGAAAGGUAGAGGAAUUCCAGCUACCAGUCUCCAUCAAGGCCGAACUUCGACCUUACCAGCAAGAGGGUGUCAAUUGGCUUGCCUUCCUCAACCGCUACAAUCUACAUGGAAUUCUCUGUGAUGACAUGGGUCUCGGUAAAACCCUUCAGACCAUUUGUAUUGUUGCUAGCGAUCAUCAUAUGCGCGCCGAAGAAUACGCGCGAACGCAGGCGUCAGAUUCUAGAAAGCUGCCGUCUUUGAUUGUCUGUCCACCGUCUCUGUCUGGACAUUGGCAGCAAGAGAUCAAACAGUAUGCCCCAUUCCUCAAAAGCGUCGCAUACGUUGGACCGCCGGUGGAACGUGCACGACUAAGAGGCGCUCUCGCGGACGCGGAUAUCGUUGUGACCUCGUAUGACAUUUGUCGAAACGACAACGACAUUCUCAACCCCAUCAGCUGGAACUACUGCGUGCUGGACGAAGGUCACUUGAUCAAGAAUCCCAAGGCGAAGGUCACUCUGGCGGUCAAGCGCAUCGUCAGCAACCACCGGUUGAUCCUCUCUGGUACGCCUAUUCAGAACAACGUGCUGGAGCUGUGGUCUCUUUUCGACUUCUUGAUGCCUGGAUUCCUCGGUACAGAAAAGGUCUUCCUAGAUCGCUUCGCCAAACCGAUCGCGGCUAGUCGUUUCAGCAAGUCCUCCUCGAAGGAGCAAGAGGCUGGAGCACUAGCGAUCGAGGCUCUGCACAAGCAGGUCUUGCCCUUCUUGCUGCGUCGUCUGAAGGAGGAGGUGCUUAACGACCUGCCUCCGAAGAUCAUCCAGAAUUAUUACUGUGACCCCAGUGAGCUCCAAAAGCGACUCUUUGAGGAUUUCACCAAGAAGGAGCAAAAGGCCCUUACAAACAAGGUGGGCAGCUCCGAAAAAUCUGACAAGGAGCACAUCUUCCAAGCGCUGCAAUACAUGCGCCGUCUUUGCAACUCCCCGGCACUUGUCGUCAAAGAAGGCCACAAGCAAUACAACGAGGUCCAGACCUAUCUGAACCAAAAGAAUUCCUACAUCCGAGAUAUCUCCCACGCCCCUAAGCUCAGCGCUCUGCGCGACCUGAUGCUCGACUGCGGUAUCGGCGUUGAUCCACCUAGCGAAGGUGAUUUGGCUACCGGAGCCAGCUACGUUAGCCCACACCGAGCCCUGAUCUUCUGUCAGAUGAAGGAGAUGCUGGACAUUGUACAGAGUGAAGUUUUCAAGAAACUUCUUCCUUCUGUUCAGUAUCUUCGCCUGGACGGUGGCGUCGAAGCAACCAAGCGUCAAGACAUUGUCAAUCGGUUCAACACAGAUCCCAGUUACGAUGUCUUGCUUCUUACGACCAGCGUGGGUGGAUUGGGUCUGAACCUCACGGGAGCCGACACGGUUAUUUUCGUGGAACAUGACUGGAACCCGCAAAAGGAUAUUCAGGCCAUGGACCGUGCCCAUCGUAUCGGACAAAAGAAGGUAGUCAAUGUCUACCGAUUGAUCACUCGGGGAACGCUGGAGGAGAAGAUUCUGAAUCUCCAACGAUUCAAAAUCGACGUCGCAUCCACAGUGGUCAAUCAACAAAAUGCCGGUCUCAAUACCAUGGACACAGACCAACUCCUGGAUCUCUUCAAUUUAGGCGAAACGGCCGACAAUGCCGAGAAGCCCAGUGACACCGCCACAGGCAACGAGGUCGACAUGGUCGACAUCGACGGCGAAGUCAAAGAAAAGGGCAAGAAGGGCUGGCUCGACGAUCUCGGAGAACUCUGGGACGAUCGACAAUACCAAGAGGAAUACAAUCUGGAUUCAUUUUUGGCCUCGAUGAAAGGAUGA